UUCACCUAAACCGCGGUUUUACCUAUUCAAUUUAAUAGCUAAAUGUUGAUCGGUGAAGACAUUACAUGAAUUGAAACAAUAGAUCUCGUUGCGGCGCCUAUCAGGAACAUCUGCAGAGCUAAAAUCAGGCAUCUCAGAUUUUAAGUCAUUAAAAUUUAAUUGAUUUUGACUCUAGAUGUGUAUAUUUAAAAUAUCAUCUUCGAUUGUGGGUAUGGCUACGGACCUUUAACAGAUUUAUAUACUUACAGGAUAGUUUUGCUUUUUGUGCUGGAUUAAAUAUCUGGAAUAAAAGUAGAAGUUUUAGGAUUUCAACCACAUUACACGCGAUGUCGAUGAACCGGAAGCAGUCAAUGGUCUCCAGUCGGAAGGGGUCCGUGGAUAAAUCGGUUGUGGACAUGCGCCGAAAGUCCAUCAUUGACCGGAAAUCGUCUAAAGACGGCCCGGGCCUCAUGAUUCCCGUCGGCAUGGACCGUCGGGGAUCUAUCGCUGGCCGUCGGUACUCCAUAUCAGAUCGGAAGUUCUCCAUGGCGGACUCUCUUGCGGGCCGCUCGGGGCCGUUGUCGGCUGGGAAAGAUGGACGCUUGAAUAUAAAGUACGAAAACACAUACAAAGUCGAGCCUGAUAAGAACUUUCCAAUAUAUGAGGCCAAGAAAAUCGCAAUGGAGAUUUUGACUAGGGAGCUGGACGGACGGGAAUAUGAUAAAGACGAUUGCUCGCGACUAAGCCGCCUCAUCUCGGACCGGAUAAAACAACAAUGCAAGGCGCUUGGCUAUCCCCGCUACAAGAUAGUGGCCAUAGUCGCCAUAGGGCAGAGCCAAGAAUCACACCCCUCUUUGUCCUUCACCAGCCGGUUUAUAUGGAACGAAAAAUAUGACAAUUUCGCCGAAGCCUCAUUCAAGAGUAAACACUUGUUUGGAGUUGCCUUGGUUUAUGCAGUGUACGUGGACUAGCUGUUGUUACAAUUUGAGAUUAGUUCUUUCUUUUUUUAAAUUAUACAAUUUAUUGAUUUGUUCUGUGAUAGACUGGAUAUAAGCUCAGUUUUUAUAAUUUAUGUGUGUUUUCGGAAUUUACAGAGAAUUUGUUAAAAGGGAUGUAAUUCAUAACUGUACGGAGCAUGUGCACAAUGGGCCUGGGGCGUAGCCAGGCUUUACUGAAUGUUACGCACGAAAGGGAGAGGGUGUGGGAGGGGA